AUGAAUAUUAAAUUAAAUGAAUAUAAAGAUAUAGAUAAAAAUAAAAAUAAUGAUAUAAAAAAAUUAAAUAAUUUAUAUACAUUUUGUAUAUCUAAUUCAAUAAUAGAUUCUGUUACAUUAAAUAAAAGAGGUGAUUGGUUAGCAAUUGGGAGUAAAGAAAAUGGACAAAUUAUUGUUUGGGAAUGGCAAUCAGAAUCAUAUAUACUUAAACAACAAGGUCAUCACUUUGGAAUAAAUUGUGUAGCAUUUGGUCCAGCAGGUAUUAUUAAUGAUAAAUCACAAAAAAGAGAAAUUUAUAAUAAUUCUUUUGGUUUUCAAUCAAAAAAUAUUAUUGCAACUGGAGGAAUAGAUGGUAAAUUAAAAUUAUGGGAUUCUAAUACUGGAUAUAAUUUUCAGACAUUUAUUGAACAUACUGCAUCAAUUACUGGUAUAAUAUUUACACCUCAAGGAAAUGCUAUUAUAUCAUCAUCAUUAGAUGGUUCUGUUCGUGCUUUUGAUAUUAUUAGAUAUAGAAAUUUUAGAACAUUUGUAUCUAAUAAAAAAGGUAUUCAAUUUUCAUGUGUAUCAAUUGAUAAACUUGGUGAAAUUGUAGUUGCUGGAUGUCAAGGUAGUGAAUAUAGUAUAUAUAUAUGGAAUUUAAGAAAUGGAAAAAUAUUAGAUAUAUUAUCAGGACAUACAUCAACAAUAGUUAAUAUUGCAUUUUCCCCAUCUAUAAGUAAUCCAGGAAUAUUAGCAUCUGCAUCUUGGGAUGGUACAACACAUAUAUGGGAUAUAUAUGGUCGUUUAGGAAAAAGUGCAGUUGGUGAAUCAUUAAUUCAUACAACAAAUGUAUUAUCAUUAGCAUUUGAUCCUAGAGGUAAUAAUAAAAUGGCAACUAGUACAUUAUCUGGUAAUAUAACAUUUUGGGAUAUUGAUAAAGGAUUAGUAGAAGGUAGUAUUGAAGGACUUAGAGAUAUUCAUUCAGGUAGAAGAAAAAUUCAUAAAUCAUGUAUUAAUCAUAAAAUUGAUAAUGAAAGAGGAAAUUUAUUAUUAAAAAAUUUUGAUAUUAAUAAAAAUCAAUAUUUUAAUUCAAUUUGUUAUACUAGUAAUGGACGUUAUUUACUUGCAUCAUCUCGUAAUUCACCAAGGGUUUGUUUAUAUGAUGUAACAACUUAUUCAUUAAUUAAUUGUAUUGAACUUACAAGUUCAAAAUAUUUAUAUGGUAUAUCUGUUGAAUUAAAUUCAAAAUAUAAUCAUGAUUAUAUAACAAAAUUUGAUUAUAAGAAGAUAAAUGAUAUAAAUAGUAUUAAUCAACAUAAUUUAACUCUAAAAAGAAUAAGACAACAUAAUGAAUUACCAGGAACAAAUUUAGGUGAAGGUGCAAUAUCAAAAUUAGAAAAUGAUUUUAUUGUAUUUUCUAUAUGUUUUUCAUAUGAUUCUAAACAAUGGGCUGCAGCAACAAAUAUUGGAUUAUUUCUAUUUACUUUAGAUAUUUUUGGUACAGGUUAUUCUGGUAUAACAAAUCAUCUUAAUUUUUCAGAUUCUUUUAAAAGACAGAUAUUAACUAAACAAGUUAAUCUUGAAAAUAUUAAUUUAGCAUUAUUAAAUAAAGAAUAUUCUAAAGCAAUGAUAUUAUCUUUGGCUUUAAAUGAUUUUUCAAUUAUAUUUAAUACCUAUAAACAAAUACCAAUAUCAAAUAUUUAUUUUGUAAUUAAAUUUAUUGCACCUUUUUUAUUACUUCCACUUUUAAAUUUUUUAAGAAUUUGUACAACUCCAGGUAAUAUUAAUAUUAUAUAUAUUGAAUUACAUUUAAUUUGGUUAAAAUAUAUAAUUAAAAAUCAUGGAAUAACAUUAUUUAAUAAACAAGAUCAAGAAUAUGAUUAUUAUAAAAAAGAUCAUUUUAUUGAAAAUAUUCAAAUAAAACAAAAUAAUAUAUUUUUGGGUAAUCCUGAAUUAUCAGAUAUUAAUACUAUUUUUCUUAUGCUAUUACGUAAUAUUUCACAAAUAUUUUCCCUUGUAAAACAAGUUUAUGAUUCUAAUUGUGUAAUAAUGAAAUAUUUUACAAUUAGAAAAAGAUAUACAAAUUUUAAUUUAAAAAUUAAUAAAUCUAUUUUAAAUAAUUCAUAA